CUACGUAUAGCUCCUAGGCUUCAAACCCAAAACUCAGCGAAACUUCCGUGCCGUCGACCGACACUUAGACUACGGCGAUCAUGGUUCUCACAUACGGCCUGGGCGGCGCUGCGUCGAUUCUCUCCGUCGUAGCACUCUAUAUGCUCUUUACUGGAAGUGGUGAAGCUUUCAAUGUCGGUGCUUACAUCGAAUCUAUCUCCCCCUUUGCUUGGGCCGAUCUAGGUAUCGCUCUUUGCGUGGGAUUUUCGGUCGUUGGCGCUGCUUGGGGCAUCUUUAUAACCGGCUCGUCCAUUCUCGGUGGCGGUGUCAAGGCUCCGCGUAUUCGAACGAAGAACCUGAUUUCUAUUAUUUUCUGCGAGGUUGUUGCCAUCUAUGGUAUCAUUAUGGCAAUCGUCUUCUCGUCCAAGGUCGGUUCCGCCAACGCUGAGCAGACUUUCUCAGCCAAUUCAUAUUUCACCGGAUUUGCGAUCUUCUGGGGUGGCAUCACCGUCGGUCUCUGCAACCUCAUCUGUGGCAUCUCUGUAGGCAUCAACGGCAGUGGUGCUGCUCUCGCAGAUGCUGCUGAUCCAUCUCUGUAAGUCUAAUAGCCUCUUUCCUUCGCUGCAGAGACUAAUGUCCUAUAGGUUCGUCAAGAUUCUUGUCGUCGAAAUCUUCAGCUCCGUUCUCGGUCUCUUUGGCCUCAUCGUUGGUCUUCUUGUCGCGCAAAAAGCCGAAGCCUUCGACAAAUCAUAAGCCACAGUAUCAAUACUUGGUGGCACCCUCUUCAACUUCGCAAUCGAUAAAAACAAUGCAAAGGUCAAGCAUGCAUAGGCUGUAUAGUAGCAGCACGCGAAAAGACUUUUGGCCGGCGUUCGGGAGAUCGGCUAGAGAUUAUGUUUUAAUGGAUGUAUUAAUAUAGUCCGAAAAGGCCGACAUGUAUAUCAAUCCCAGGCCAGGGCCUCUAUGUAUUACAGCGGCCCAAACCUGCUCAUGGUGGAAUAGACUCAUUCAACUACCUUUAUCAUUUCAUUGGAUCCAAACUAUUCUUGUUAAACUGCAUGUGUCCGUACAGCAUUCAUCACAAGAGCAUCAACCUUGGCACCUUUCUCCAGUACACCUUUGCCGCCGGGCAUACAUACCAAUGCGUUGGCGGCUCUAAGGCUGCCAACUUUAGAGCUUCUCUGUCCACCGGUGCUGUUUGCAACCAACACACCAUCCUUAUUCGCGCUUACAACAGCACGAUGGUAUUCUGGGCGAGAAUCCAUGUUGAAUUGAUGCGCGAGGGACACUGAGACCUUGGGAAGGCCAACUGGUGAGACGCCUGAUUGCUUGUGCAGCGAAGGAAGUACAAAAAGAUGGAACGUGACGAGCGCAGAAGCAGGGUUUCCAGGUAAGGAAAAGACAGUCUUGGAAACGCGUGUACCAGCAUUGUCCUUUACAGGAAUUGUAGCAAAGGUUGUAGGUUUUCCGGGCUUCAUUGCAACGCGGCCAAAGUGAAUUGUACCGCCCAAAGAACGCUCAAUCGUGGGCUUCAGCAAAUCAAGUUCUCCCAUCGACACACCUCCUGUAGUUAUGAGAACAUCAACUCGGCGAAGACCAUUCCUCAAUGUUUCCUCUAGCGUGUUUGAUUUGUCUUGCGCAAUGCCCAAAUCUACAACCUCAAAGCCCCAUUCCUUGGCCGCGGAAAUUAGAGUAAUUCGGUUGGUAUCCCGCACUUCACCCAACCUAAGAUCUCCAGGACGGUCAUAGGGAAUGAUCUCGUCUCCAGUAGACAAGACGCCAAUCACGGGUUUGCGGAACACAUCUGUUUCGGCGACUCCAACAGCUGCAAGAAGGCCGAUUUCUCCGCCAACACCGGAUAUUUGUUCACCUCGCUUCAGUAUGAUGGAUUCAGCUUGGAUAUCGCUACCCACUUCCCGGACGUUUUCGUUUUCCUUCACGCCUUCAGCGUUGAUUUCAACCUCCUUUUCUUCUUUACCGUCGUCAGUCAAGGAUUUGAGGAUCGUAUCCUCGACCAUUAUAACAGACGUAGCACCUGGUGGUAACGGAGCACCGGUGGUAAUUCUGGCGAUUUCGCCCUCCUUCAAAGCUGGUGUUUGUCCAGGCGCUGCAUGAGAUACAGCAGUAACUGGGAAAACGCCCUUCAGAUUUCCAUCCUUUGGUACCACCACAGCAUAUCCGUCCACAAUACUAGCUCGGAAUGCGGGCACAUUUUCUCUCGCUUUAACGUCGUCCGCUAAAACAGAGCCAACGAUAUUUUCGUCGACCUUGACACGAACAACAUGAGGCUCUGGAGAAAAGUCUGCAAUCAUUUGCAGAGCAUCAUCAACUGAUACCAUCGGGUAAGGGGAUUCACGAUAUCUGCGGCUAGGUCCAAGAAGGGGGUCGUUAGACAAAGGGUUGGUGUUUGGCUUGGUAUGGCGAACGAGAGGCGCGUGGCCAUGACCACUACCAUGGUUGUGACCAUGAUUGUGGCUGUGGCCAUGAGAACAGCCUGAAGAGGCUAUACCAGCGUCCUUUUCCAAUUUUUGCACCCCACCAGCGUGAAGUUUGCGCGAGUUGGCACCAGAAGCCUGAAGACAUGCAUGCGGCAGCGUCUUGAUUACGGCUUGCAGAUUUUCUUUUGCUCCCUUGGGGGAGCCAGGCAAAGUAAUUAUGACUGUGUUUCUCCGUAUGCCUGCAGCAGGUCUUGACAUCAUAGCGACUAUAGCCGGUUAGUUGAGAAGACAAGGCGAGGAACCGCCAGUAACAAUACAUACAGGGUGUAACGGCGAGAGAGGUUGAUAACAUGGCAUGAACGAGUCCUGGGGCCUGCUUAUGAAGAAUAAGAGAAAUCGCCUAUUAUAAAAUGUUAGAAUAUGAGCUUGUAAUAUACUCAUGUUUCAUACUUCUGGGGUAUGGUCUGCUACAGCGAAACCGGUGCCACCAGUUGUGACGAUAAGAUUGGGAGCACCUAGACUGUCUGUCCACGUAAUGACUUGUCUUUGGAUAUCAACCGCAUCAUCGGUAACGAUCUUGGUAUCCGUCACCUUCCAUUGGUCGUUGCCGUCAUCGGCCAAGACGUCGGAUAGCACCUUUGUGGAGAGGUCUGUAGUAGGAUCUUGUGCAGCUGUAGUGGAAACAACUAAGAUCGCGACCGUGAGUUUGGAAUCCAUUUCUGGUUUGAUUUUUAAAUACAAAGGUAAUUUUCAAGACACUAGAGUGAGUUCAAAAGAAAUCCCAUCAAAGAGAAGUGGUCAUGCUCUUUCCAAGACGGCUCCGGCCGACGUAGCUUCAGCAGC